ACACGCAGUCUUGUACCGGUAUUCGAACCUCUCACUCGCACGCUAUCGUUCCAUUUCAAAUUAGAUCGAUAUUCAAAACAAUAAAACAUAAACGACAGCAAUCGAGUGAACAGCCAAUCAAACUUUUAAAUUCUAUUUUAGAACAACAAAAUUUGAAAUUCUCUGAUUUAGAACGUCGUUUUGCCACUGUUUCGAAUCGGACUAUAGUGUGUCAAAUGUGAUGUUUGUAAUGUCAAACCAAAGUGUCUUUUUACAUGGAAAACAGGGUGAUACAAUAUUAACGUAAGUUAAGAUGUUAAGUCAAGCCCGAUGGUUGAUGGUGGUGCUGGCGGCUACCCUAGCGCUGCAGUCGCGUGGGGAGGGGGGGAUACGGCUACCAGACCAGCCCCCGAAAGAGGAGACAGAGGGGAGAUCGCUCAACUUCGGGGGAGACCACGCCCGAUCUCCUCAAGCGCAAGGCCGUGGUCUCCUGGACUGGAUAGGCCUGGGCGAGGACCAGGACCCUUACAUCCAGCAGGCCACACAGCAGUGCAUCAAUGGUGAUCUGGCUGAUUGCUUCAAAGCCCAAGCCUUGCGGUCCUUCGACGACUUCUUUGAUAAACAGGCUUAUCAGUUGUCCGAGAACGCAGUGCUAGUAAAGCGCGAGUCUCAGGCGCGUGCGCUGGCGCACGAGCCUCCCCAGCUGGAGUCCCAGCCUCGCAGCGGAGAUUCUGAUUGGGACGGACUCGUCAAGUACGGCAUGAGGAAGAUUGAAAGGUUCUUAAGACAGACAGCGCUGGAGAUGCAGUUGGAUGAUGACGUCACGUCCAACGGGGUCAUUGCCCCGAGGUUCAUAGACGAAAUAGCUGAUGAGGUCGACAUCAUUGAAGACAAGAAGGCACCUCCAUUCCGUCGGCACAAACUGAAAAAGCUGAUCAUCCCCAUGCUGCUCAUCCUGAAGCUAUUCAAACUGAAGCUGCUGUUGUUCCUGCCCCUCGUCCUGGGGCUCGCCAGCUUCAAGAAGUUCCUGGGAUUCAUGGCACUGAUCAUACCAGGAGUGAUCGGUUACUUCAAGUUCUGCAAGCCAAAUUUGUCAUCUCCGUUCUCUUCGAAUCACUAUACCGGCCCUCAGUACUCACCCGCUGGUAUAGGCCUAAACGUGGGCCCUUACAGAGAACCUCAGCAGUAUGGACAUUACGAGAGCUACCCUGGUGGCCACAAAUACGGUUCUGGGGGUAUCUCCUUCCGCGAACACGAGCAUAGCCCACAAGACCUGGCGUACCAAGGUUGGGAGUACAGGAACAAGAAAGGAACAGAAGACAUCAAGGCAGAGGACGCUUGAGACUGAACAACUAAUUUAUUUUUAGGUUAUGUCUAGUGCCAAUGUUUUUGAGUGCUAUACUGUGUGUAAUUUAUUUGUAACUAUUAUUGAUUUUGAAAAUCCCUCUGAUCCUCGAAAGUACCCGGUUACUUUCGGGGCUGUGAAGCCUGAAUCCGGCGUAAAAAAUAAACCUUACAGUUUUGAAGCUUCUGCUGUCAUUUCACGACCGGCCGCUUGCGUUAAGCCAACCCACCUUGGCAAUGAUAUUGCUGCCAAGGCUAGAUUGUCUAGUGGCCUCGUACAACAUCCACGGGAAUAUAGUGGUCCUCAACAAGGUUAUCAAUAUUUUUGAAAAUGUUUUUGGAAUUCAAAACUGUAAUGACAUUUAACAUAAACUAAUGUGGCUAAACAAAAAUAGUGACAAAAUUACUAUUCUCUGAUGAAAAUUAUAGUCGGCUUGACCGGUUUAAUAAGAAUUAAGUGUUCACGUAUUUAUUGUGUCAUUUAGUUUUGUAGGCAUUUCUUCAAAUUCUACUUUUGUAAUCAAUAAAAUGUGAAAAAGUAAGUUUGAGACUAGCGAGUACAUACAUACGUGCAUAAAAUAUAUAUAAAAAAAACAAUUUAAUUUAUUGACUAUGUAAAUAGAUAAGUCAUUAUUUUAUUUUAAACAUGUUACAUUUUAUAUUAAAAUAAAAGCAUUUUUAUUUCCACAUCUGCAUUUUGUUGUAGUUAACAAUAGAAUAACAGUAACUGUCUUGUAAAAACAUCCAAUUCUCAAGAAUUCCUCUAUAAUUUUAUGAAGAAAAUUGUAUAUUCGCUAUGAUUUUACGACCUGCCUGAAAUUAAAUAAAAAAAUGAUUCCUCAUUUCCUUGUGGCGCAAUUUAAUAACUUUUUAAAUAACACAAUAUAUUCAGGCUUUUUCAGCAGUGAUCAUACUUUGUUCGUUGUAGCUGCUAACAUUUAUAAUUAAUUAUCUUACUUUGUGGCAAUCUUCUUUAAAAUAGUUUUUAAAAAUAAAAAUAAAAAAAACGUAAUUUCUCUUCACAUAUGCACUUAUUUAAAAAAAAAAAACAUAAGAUUACUACAAAUUAACCUGUAUU